GCCGGGGGCCAGCCCCACUCCCGCCAGGCAGGGCCGCUGGACCGAGUGGACAUGGAGACCUGGGGACUAGAGAGAAAUGAAGUAUACCCCCCACCUUGCCGUCCUGGCCGCCACGUUCCACUCCAGUGUUCGUCCAGCACCCCGUCUCCCCAAGUUCCGGCCCUCGAACACUUUCAUCUCCCUGCUUUAAUCCCCAACACAUCCUCCUGAGGUGGGAGUCACUGACACCAUCUUCAAAGUAGAAAACGGAGGUCCCAAGAGUUCCCAUAGGAGCUUGCCAGUCACAGGGCUGUGACAUGGCCCUGCUGUUAGUUUGAUCCAGAUCAGUCCGACCCAAAACCUGAGCUUCCAGAGGAGCCUGAGGAAGUAGCCUUUGAGCCCAGGCUUGGAGGUGUUCAGAAUGGUUUGAUCCCUAUCCAGCUGAAUUCCUGAGACCAGACGAAAUCCAGGUCUCCUACUCCUCUGUCAUCUUGCUCCACCCCCCAGAGAUGGCUUCUUGUCAGAGUAGCUUGCUGUUCCAGUGAGGCUGAUGGGGAUGAGGCAGCAGCGCCCACCUGCUACAUGGAGAGCGGCAGCGAGGAGCUGUGGUUGCAGACCCUGAGACACGGAGCUCGUGUGAUUCCGAGGCUGCCACAGAUCUGAUGGAGGCAGAGGAGGGGGAGGUGCUGACAGAGGCUGAGAUGAUGCCUGAGGUCUCCAGCGAUGACUGGGAGGUCAACUCCGGAACCUGAGGAACGGCAAGGCCAGCAGAAACACCAGACUGUGCAAGGUUCAGAGAAGAGCCACCGUGCUGCUUUUCCAGGAUGUCUGAGCUCUGCGUGUGGCAAAGGUGUGUCUUCUGGAUCCUCCCCUGACCAUCUGUUGGGUGGAUGAGCAGGUAACAUGGCUUCUGGGGACAGAGUGCCAACUUCUGGCUGUGCGGGUCCCUGCUCUUUGCCGCUCUCCUGGGCUUCUUCAGGCACUGAGCAAAAUGCUGAUGGACAUUCUCGUAUCUUCUCUGGACAACCUAUAAGAUAUGCAUUACUAUCCCCAUUUUACACCUGAGAAACUGAGGCUCCAGAGGUUCGGGUGACACCCAGGUUCCAAGGACCUCAGGGAGCACCGAGACCCUGUGGCACCUUCCCUGUCAUGCCUUCGAGUAUUUGGAGCCACCUGUCACCGUGCCCUGCAGUUUCCCUCUGUGACCCAGUCUGAAACCCCUCACCCCGUCUGGCCUGACCGUCUGUUACACUCAGGUGCCCAGAGUGGCAGCCCAACGGCUCUGGGGUUGGACGUGACGGGUCUGGUGUUGGAGGUUGGGGUUCGGGGGUCAGGGGUCAGGGGUCGGGGUCUGACCUCUAUUCUCGAUCUCGAUGCCAUGGUUCUUUUGACUUACUCACCCAGCACCCUGUUCCUCUGCAUUGUUCUGUGUUUACAUUUCAUUUUAUCUUCUUUUCCCCUCAUUUUGACAUAUCUUGGAUUGUCUUUUUAAUUGUUUUAGACGGAUAAAUGUUUAGAACUCAAAAGAUUCAUCUGAUUAUUUUCUUCUUGGAAAAUUUUCUUUUAGAGCAGAUUAUGUUUCCCUUUGGACUUUGCCUCCUCAUGUGUUCCUUUCAUAAAAUAUUUGUGGAUGUAGAAUUUUUACAUGUUCUCUUUGAGUAUAACUUAAAAACCCCAUCCUGAUGUGAGUAAGCCUAUAUGAGCACCUCCGGCCCUUUUCAAAAGCUCACAAUAAGAGCUCUUUCUUCAAAUGAACAUUUAGAUUUUAAAAUAUGACCUCAAUGUGCAAAGAGCGAUUUAAAAAUCUCUUGCUGCCUUUUUUUUUUUUUUCUAAUUCACACAAACUAGGAUAAGUCCUAGGACAGAAUUCUUCAAUGGGCAAAAUUACCUUCUAAUUUGGAAAAAGGAAAACGUCCCCCACCGACGGAGCCCCAGCCUUAGCCACGUCGCGGUUUUGGCUCCCCAGGGUUCUGCCGCAAGGCUCCUAGGGCUGUCGACAGCACUUCUCUCUGGUCUGUGGCCAUCGGGGCCCCUCCAUCCUCACCAGCAUCUGCUGGAGAGUGGUGUCACCAGGAGAGGUGGUACAUACAGGGGGUGAAGUCAGGGAGGGGGCAUGACGUGAAGUCCGUCUGGACGAUUUGAGCUUGAGGAGCCUGCGGACCUCCAGGGAGCGGUCUGCGUGGAAAGAGAGAAUGUGAGGUAUCCGCACACGUGGGUUGCUGCAGUCUGAGAGCUGAUGAGGUCAUGAGGAGUUGGACAAGGUCGUGGGGGAUGUAGCUCCCGUGUUCUCCCCGUGGGUCGCCCUGUGCUGGCAUCAUCAGCUCAGCUGCAUUCAUGCCCUCACCCCUGUCUUGCUCAUGCGUUCACUCCCUACACACCUGUGAGGCUCCAGCCUGGGUGCCUGGGACCCCGAGCCGAUUCAGGCACUGUCCCUGCCCCGAAGGUGGCAAUGUGGAGGGGCUGAGGUUAGACGCUCACACGCUAACCCAAAUCCCACCCACGCUGCAGGGAGAGACCACUUCACAGGGACACACAGACGCUUCCUGGAGGAGGGCGUGCUUAUUCUGGGACCAGCAGUGCUUGGAUGGGGGAAGUCAGGGCAGGGGAGGGGAGGGCAGGAGAGCUACUCAGCGUUACAUCACACCCCCCCACCGUGUCCCCAGUAUUCACUGAGCGAGCGGUCGAGCCACAGAUAAGACUGUGGUUUCCUCCAGCUCUGACGCUCAGCAAGCGAGCCACGGAGCUUGUGACCUGCCCUUCGGCUUCUGUUCUCUGUGUGACAGUGUUGUUAGAAAACAGGAAGGAGGCAGGGCUCUGGACUUCAGAGUGUCCGCAGAACCCCCAGGGAGCUUGUUAGGAAGAGAGAUUUCUACACACACCCCUCCUCACUGCUCAGGACUCUGCAGGGGGUCUGGAAUCGCCUCUAGGUGAAUCUGAUGCCGGGGUCCCCAUCCAUGCUAUUGGUUACUAUGGUGAUGAGAUUGUGUUACAAUGGUCCGGUUGCCUGGCCGGGGUGGGGAGGGGGCCAGCAGGGCUCUGCUUGGGCCCCGCAUCUGUGUUCUCAGGAGCCAGAGACCAAAAGCGUCAGAAUAUGUGUGUUAAAGUCGCAGCCUGUCUGUCCUCCUGCCCAGCGAAGACUCAACUUCACACUCUUGUUUGUCGCCCAGCAAUGUUUUCAGCCUGAUUCCCGGAUGGGGGCAGAGAAGAGAGUCUCAAAGGAUGACCGCGGCGUGGUCCCACAGCAGAUGCUUGAGACAAAGCAGUUCAGUGGAAGCAACUGCCACCUGGACACCUGCAGAGUACCUGAGGUACCCAGGAUGGUUUACGCCAAGGCCCAGGUCCUCAAGCCCACGAGGGCCGACGUACUGGUCAUGACCCCCUGGUUUGCUCCCAUCAUCUGGGACGGAGUCUUUGACUCUACCAUUCUGGACGCGCAGUUCCAAAACGCCACCAUCGGGCUGACCGUGUUUGCCAUCAAAAAAUACACGAUCUUCCUGGAGCUGUUCCUGCAGACGGCGGAGAAGCACUUCAUGGUGGGACACAGGGUCACCUACUAUGUCUUCACCGACCGGCCCGCCGAUGUGCCCAGGGUGCCCCUCGCUGAAGGGAGGCAGCUGGUGGUCCUGGAGGUCCGAAACUAUGCGCGCUGGCAGGAUGUGUCCAUGCACCGCAUGGAGAUGAUUAGCAACUUCUCGCGGCAGCGCUUCCUCCGCGAGGUGGACUACCUGGUGUGCGUGGACGUGGACAUGAAGUUCAGCGACCACGUGGGUGUGGAGAUCCUGUCCCCCCUCUUCGGCACCCUGCACCCCGGUUUCUACAGGGCGGCCCGCGAGGGCUUCACCUACGAGCGUCGUCCGCGGUCCCAGGCCUACAUUCUGAGAGAAGAGGGUGACUUUUACUACGCAGGAGGCUUUUUUGGGGGUUCGGUGGUCGAGGUUCUCCAGCUGACCACGGCCUGUCACCAGGCGAUGGUGGUCGACCGGGCCAAUGCGAUCGAGGCCGUGUGCCAUGACGAGAGCCACCUGAACAGGUACCUUCUCUACCACAAGCCCACCAAGGUGCUCUCCCCGGAGUACCUGUGGGAUGAACGGAUGCUGCAGAGGCCUCCUUUCCUCAGGAAACUGCGCUACGUGGCGGUGCCCAAGAAUCAUACAGAAAUCCGGAACUGAAGAGCCCGGGGCCCAGGGAGGUCUCCAUACAAGGCUGCAGCCUUAGCAGGUCUUGCCCUGGGCAAGGGAUCAACCAAAGAUUUGAUGCUAUGGAUGAGUCCCUGGGCCUCGGUUUCCUCUUCUCGAGAGGCUCCCACCACUCGUCCUUGUAUUGAAACUGGGCUCAUCCUUCAUGGUGCCCACAAGGUCACCUUCCCCAGGAAAGUUUCUUUGAUUGUCUCUUCCUCCUCCUAUUGAAAUACACUGCUCUUCACUCUGCAUCCCUAUAAAGCACUUAGUGUAUUCCUUUGGCCAGAUCUGCUGCCAUUCUGCUCACCUUGCCCAUUGGUCUUGCUCAUUACAAUGUGAGCUCCUGAUGGCAGAAGCUAAGACUUCUUCUUACAGGUCAGUACCUACCACGGUGCCUUACGCCCAGAGACUCUCAAAGCAUGACCCCUAAACACCUGCUGUACCCUGUCCCCAGACAAUGGGAGAGGCCCAGCCUGAAAGCACUUUCCUGGGUUUCGUUUGUGUGUAUGAUAGCUUGUUGCUCUGGGUGGUUUGUCUUUUUCUUAUGGACUUUGGGGAGUUUGUUUUGUGUUUUGGGUGUUAGUACUUUUCUCAGACACAUGCUAAAAAUUUCUUCUUCUAGUUUGUAUGUUGCUACUUCAACUCUUUUACCAUAGGUAAAUUUAAGAACUCAUCUCCUGCUUUGAAAUCCUGAAGAUAGUGCCUUAUGUUAGAAGAUAGUGUCCAAAAGCUUUAUGUUUUUGCCUCACACUUAGGUCUUUAAUCUACCGAUAAUGAUUUGUGUGUGCUUUUAAUGUAAGGAUUUGAUUUAAUUUUCCUUUCUCUGGAUAACCAUUAUCUGAGCACCACUUAUUGAAAACAUGUUUGAAAACUUUCGGGAAAGUUCUUUUCCCUGACUUGCACUAUCUUCAGCCUCCUACUGUCAACUGUCCCCAUGUGCCUGGGUCUGUUUCUUGGUCUGUCCUUGUGGCGAUGACACACCAUCUUCGUUACUCUAGGCACAUAAUCACAUCUUGCUAUCUGGUCCGGCAAGUCCUCCCGCCUGAUUCUUUAAGAGUAUUUUGAUUGCUCUUGGCCUGUUGCAUUUCCAUCUCACAUUUAAAUCUUCUGUCAAAUUACAGAAAGGAGCCAGCUGGAGUUUUCAUAUAAUUUAAUUUAUUUAUUUAUGUUUUUGAGAGAGAGAGAGAGCGAGCGAGCGAGAGAGCGUGCAGGCGAGAGUUGGGGGUAGGACAGAUGGGGAGAAUCUUAAGCAGGCUCCAUGCCCACUGUGGAAACUGAUGGGGGCUCGAUCUCACGACCGUGAGAUCAUGACCUGAGCCAAAAUCAAGAGUCAGACACUUAACCGACUGAGCCAGCCAGGUACCCCUGGCUGGAGUUUUCGUCAGAAUUGUGCUGAGCUGAGCAGCGGUGCCCAGUGGCUGCUGGAGGUGGCCACAGGAGCGCCCCUCCCAUCCACCCGAAGGCUCACAAGCCAGGGCUGAUUCUUCUGAGGCUGGGAUGGAGACUGCCGCUUCCUCUCCCCCAGCACCUGGUGGUUCGCUGGUGGCCAUGGGUGCUCCUCGAGGGCUGGUGCGUCCCCCAAAACUGCCCCCAUCUCUGCAGGCCAUCCUCCCUGUGUGCCCGUCUGGCCCUUCCUGAGCAGGUGACAGCUCCCAGAACACAACACACAAGAUCCUUCUGUUGCAGGAAUUCUCUGCCUUUAGUGCCCGCAGUUCUUGGUCCUGCCACUUCAAAGAAUGAAGAGGUAGACCAGAUGAAGAGUGGUGGGCAGCAAAGCAAAGUUUAUUGAGCAAGAGUGUUAAGCUCCCAGAGAUGGAGGGGGGCCCAAGUGGAGGGGGGCCUGAGAGGGUUUCCCUGGAGUUUCUAAGUUUAGGGGUUUUUAUGAGCUCUUUUGCAAAACCAUCUUAAGCAACCAGGGCAAUGCUGAGUCCUGCAAAUCAAGGCUUUGGUCACGUAUCUGUCUACCUAUUAGGUUAAUGUCAAUGUGUUGAUGGUCUUUUUUUGCUGACACCUGAGGGCUAUGUCUUAACUGCCCCUUACGCAUGAUAGGGACAAAUGGCUUGUGGUUAAUUGCCUUAUUUUAGGACGUUUUGCAGAAGUCAUGUCUGCAAAGGCUGCAAAGCAGAAUGUUAGUGUGGUGGUGUCUGAGAGCAAAACAGGAUGUUAGUGCUGUUUUAUCUUAGCUGUCCCGACUCCAUAUUUUCAUGUUGGGGACCCUGGCCCUGACUACCUAACUGUCCAACUAACUCUUAACACUUCCUUCAAAAAUUGCUUGUUGAAGAAACCAGCUCUUGAGAUUGAAAACGAAAAAUCAGAGUUUCCCCAUUUCUUUCAUUUUCGGUUCAUUUUCUCUCUCCCUGUUCUUGUCCAUUGUUCUCAUGCCUUGGAGCAUGUUGCCCUGAGUAUCCCCGCCCUCUGGUGCAGACAGUUUACACUCCCUCGGUCUUAAAUGCAAUAACAAAUCAAGACCAGCUCCCCAGACCGUGUCCAGCCAGAGUCACCCAUAGACAGCGCCCUGCGGAGCCUCCGUCGCUGGCCCGGGCUGGCCCUGCUGUCUUUCUUACUUGAAGUGGAAUGUCGCUGGGGAUUCAGCGCAGGAGACUGUGCCUGUGGUUAUUGCCCGGUACCCUCUCUUGUUACACUGAGAAUGUUUCCCUCUGGUCUUGCUAAAUGAGAAUUGUAGUUUUGUCCCUUAAAUCAGGAGUGGAUUUUGAGUUGGGUCAAGUCUUUUUGUAGUCUCCUGUGAGAAUCAUCUAACGUUUCUCUUACUGUUAAUAUAAGUGACUUAUAAAUGCGAAGUCCUUAUUUCUGGACUUUGUUACCCUCGCAGACUGGGAUUGACCCUACUUGGUCGUGGUGCAUUACUCUGCCAUCUUGGUUUUCUUUCUUCUGUCUGUAGUCACCAGGACCCACCCAUCUAUGGCGGUCGUUUGGGAUCUCCUCGGGAGACUUUGCCAUCGUGGUCCAGACAGUCUGGGAGAUUGGAUACAGAACCUUAUUUUCUAUCCUCUGGGAUAGCUGAAUCAUCUCGAGGUCUUUGUU